CUUCAGCAGAUGUUUUCCAGGAAAUGAUAAGCUUUUUGCAAAGGCAUUGCUUCUAUUGAAUUUAUAAAGACUGUGAGGACAAAGACCGGUGGUCGCAAAAAAGGGACAAAGAUGAAUCCUCACGUCCCUCUGAAGAUUUCUGCAGCCUUGCUUUGGCUAUCUUUCUGGGCCAUGGCAACUGAAGAUCCCAACACCUGCCCAGAAGUGAAGCUUGUGGGUCUUUCUGGUCAGGAGAAGCUUGCCAUCCUCCAGGGGUGUCCUGGAGUUCCCGGAGCAGCUGGAAUCCCUGGAGAGAAAGGGGCCCCUGGCAUAGCAGGACAAAAAGGAGAUUUGGGACCUCCUGGCAAACAAGGACCAAAAGGGGAACCAGGAGACCCGAUGGACUUUACAGCUGGCUGCCAAAGUGCACCAAGGAACUGCAUGGAGCUAUUGAGCAAAGGCAACUUCUUGAGCGGCUGGUACACAAUCCGUCUGCAGGACUGCCGGCCACUGAGGAUCUUCUGUGAUAUGGAUACAGAUGGAGGGGGAUGGCUGGUCUUUCAGAGACGGGUAGAUGGGUCUGUUGAUUUCUACCGAACCUGGAGCGACUACAAGAGAGGCUUUGGAAACGAGCUGUCAGAAUUCUGGUUGGGCAAUGACAACAUUCAUCAGCUCACAAGUGAAGGGAACUCAGAGCUCCGUGUGGACUUGGUGGACUUUGACGACAUGAAAACCUUUGCUCAUUAUAAAUCAUUCCAACUCAGGGGCGAAGAGGAAAACUAUCAGCUUGUUCUGAGGCAGUUCCUGAGUGGUUCAGCAGGUGAUUCCAUGACUUUUCAUCACGGGCUGCCCUUUUCCACCCACGACAAUGACAACGAUAAGGGGACACAAAACUGUGCUGUAACUGUGCACGGAGCCUGGUGGUAUGAAAACUGCUAUAGAGCCAACCUGAAUGGGGGCUAUCCGAUUGGUGUUAGGAAGGGACAAAACUACGGCAUCGAUUGGAUAAGUGGCAAAGGCGUUGGCACUUCCUACAAGCGCACAGAGAUGAAAAUGCGCUAAAUACACACUACCGUGAGAAUCCGUAUUGGCCCUAUGGGAAAACCAAAAUAAACAAAGUUUUAAAAGACUGA